GUAAUUUGUUGGAGAAGCAAUUAUGACCAAACAUUAAAGUGUAACUAUAUAUAUAUUAUUUAAUUAUAUAGCAAGCUUUUAAAAAUAACUAACUCGUUUGUAUUAGUUCAUGUCUAUGACUGUAGCGAGAUUUUUCUCGCGUUAGCCAGCUAGCAUAGCCUACUAAAAACGAAACAAGUACAGUACAGAGAAAGUGCAACAAACAUGAGAAAUCACUGGCAACUCCGCAAGUGAAGCCUUCAGAGCCGUGUGUGUGAACAUGGCAGAUGGAGCAGACGAUGAUGACGUAAUUCACCUGGCCAGCUUUAACAUCCACCGCAGCCAAGGCUGCCGGGCACGCAGGAAAACAUUCAUCACCAUAUCAGAUGAUUCUGAUGAGGAGCCUGUCACUCUACUCCCCAGCAGCCCUGUUCUGGUACCUGACCAACUGGAGGACGACGACGAUGAUGAUGUCAGCAUACUGGAGCCUUUUUCCCCGGCACAAUGCCGCGUGAUUCGUCCAGCAGCUCAGUGGGGCUGGCCCUCUGAGGACAACAGACAAAUUAUAGAGCUGGAUGAAGUCGUAGGUCACCAGGUUGCGCCCCGCCAACCUGCGUCACAGCCAUUCUCCUCUUCGUCUAGAAACGCAGACAGCCCAUCGCUUUCCUUGUUGCAGUACAGAGACCCGUCACGCUACAGGGAUCAUGCUGUCGUACGACCGUUCAUCCGCACCCCACCUCCAACUUCCACCUCCACACGCACCUCCGCCCCAACACAGCCUAGACCAUCCACCUCCACACACACUUCCGCCCCAACACAGCCUAGACCAUCCACCUUCACACACACCUCCGCCCCAACACAGCCUAGACCAUCCUCCUCCACACACACCUCCGCCCCAACACAGCCUAGACCAUCCACCUCCACACACACUUCCGCCUCAACACAGCCUAGACCAUCCGCCUCCACACGCACUUCCACCCCAACACAGCCUAGACCAUCCACCUCCACCCCAACAGAGCCUAGACCAUCCACCUCCACCCCAACACAGCCUAGACCAUCCACCUCCACCCCAACAGAGCCUAGACCAUCCACCUCCACCCUGACAGAGCCUAGACCAUCCACCUCCACCCUGACAGAGCCUAGACCAUCCACCUCCACCCCAACACAGCCUAGACCAUCCACCUCCACCCCAACACAGCCUAGACCAUCCACCUCCACCCCAACAGAGCCUAGACCAUCCACCUCCACCCUGACAGAGCCUAGACCAUCCACCUCCACCCUGACAGAGCCUAGACCAUCCACCUCCACCCCAACAGAGCCUAGACCAUCCACCUCCACCCUGACAGAGCCUAGACCAUCCACCUCCACCCCAACAGAGCCUAGACCAUCCACCUCCACCCUGACAGAGCCUAGACCAUCCACCUCCACCCUGACAGAGCCUAGACCAUCCACCUCCACCCCGACAGAGCCUAGACCAUCCACCUCCACCCCAACAGAGCCUAGACCAUCCACCUCCACCCCAACACAGCCUAGACCAUCCACCUCCACCCCGACAGAGCCUAGACCAUCCACCUCCACACACACCUCCACCCCAACACAGCUGCAUCCUCAACCUCCCACUAAGCCCAUCCUACAGGCGGUCAAGCUUGUUUUACUCCCUCGUGUGCCGGCCCAGCCUCACCCCCCUCUGCAUCAGCCCCACCCUGGUGCCCCCAACCAGCCUCAGCCACCUGCCAAGCCACGACCUCUUCUCCAGGCUCUCUUAACCAGUACUUUCCAGGAACAGCUUCCCCAGCCUCCUGCUGCUCCCCAGCCUCCUGCUGCUCCCCAGCCUCCUGCUGCUCCUCAGACCCGUCUCCGGGCCGCUGUCCCGCUCCAGCCGUGGCAUCCAGCAGGCCCCUGUGCCGUCCUGGCGCCCGCCGUUCUGAUUGCUUCGGCCCCCGAGCGUCUGGGCCCUCCGGAGACGGGCCACCGCAUCACCCUAGGCAGCCAGGCCCCCAGAGGCCCCAACCCCGCGCCUCGAGCCCCUGGACAUGCCCGUGAGCCCCCUCCUGCCCUGGAGCCUCGUGUCGUGGUGGUACACCGUACGCCCCCUCAACCCAAUCCUCUGAACCCAAACCCGGCCCUCCCUGCUGCCCCAGUAGCUCCAGACCCGAUGGCCGCAGCGCCGGGCCCUGCAGUCCCAGACCCCACAGCGCCAGUGGUGGCCGUGGUUGUGGAGGAGAGGGCUGGUCCCUCUGCACCACGGGAGACCCAGGACCCAGGGAGACCUCCACUCCCACCCCACGUCAUAGAACUGGUCAGAGGGGUGCUGGAUCUGUUUCCUGACGUCCAAGAGAACUAUGUAGCAGAGCUCAUUCAGACCAACGACCUCAAGGAUCUCAACGUUAUCUGUAACAUGCUGUUGGAGAACCCAGCCUACCCUCAGAGAGAGAGUUUGUCAUCAGCAGCUCAGAGCAGCAUCCUACUGGAGCCCUGUGGUAACAACACCCAGGCAGCGGAGGACCUGUUUGACUAUGGGUCACUGGGCCCGGUGGGUCCGGAGGCGGUGAUGCAGGCGGCCGACCUCCUGAUGGGGGACUUCAGGAUGAUCAGCUGUCAGGACAUUAAGUGGAGCCUGAACGCAAUGAAGGGACACUACGCAAUCACACGCAAGGCCUUAUGUGAAGCACUGAAGCAGCUUCAUGACUCUGAGUCCUUAGAGAAGAGAAAACGCCGGAGAGACUCUAUAGAACGCUGCUACAUUGACUUCAAAUUUCAACACGGUUCAGUGAAGUUGGAAAGGAGGAUGUAUUUCUUGGAGAAGAAUCGUCGCGGUGGCAGAACGUACGGAGCAGCCUUGGACCCGUCUCUACAGAGAGAGAUCACCUUCUACCAGCAGAAAGCCAAGGAACGCGCUGAGCAUGAAGACUUCCUGUUGGCUCUCCAGGUGAAUGAGGAGGAGUAUGUGAAGGACGGCCAGCUGAUUGAGUGUGGUUGUUGCUGUGGGGACUUUGCCUUUGAGAAGAUGACCCAGUGUUCCGAUGGCCAUUUGUUCUGCAAGGAGUGUCUGGUUAAAUACGCUCAGGAGGCCGUGUUCGGGUCAGGACAGUCAUCCCUCAGUUGUAUGGCAGGGGGCUGUCCGUGUGCCUUCCCCGUCUGUGAGUUGGAGAAGGUUCUGCCAGAGAACGUUCUGUUGAAGUACUACGAGAGGCAGGCAGAGGAAGCCGUUGCUGCCACCUGCGCGGACGAAUUAGUUCGCUGUCCAUCCUGUAACUUCCCAGCGUUGCUGGAUAAAGGCGUGUCACUGUUCAGCUGUCCUAACCCUCGUUGUCGUAAGGAGAGCUGCAGGAAGUGCGGUGUCCAAUGGAAGGAGCAUGCUGGGAAGUCAUGUGACCAGGUCAUGGAGAGAGAUGAGAUCCGCAUGCGUGUUGCUUUCGAGGAGCGUAUGACUGCCGCGCGGGUCAGGAAAUGUGUGAAGUGUGGAACCGGGCUGGUGAAGUCUGAGGGGUGCAACAGGAUGUCGUGUCGUUGCGGCGGGUUCAUGUGUUACCUGUGCAGGGAUCCAAUCAGUGGAUACAACCACUUCUGUCAGCAUGCCCGCUCUCCUGGCGCCCCCUGCAGGCACUGUCGCAAGUGUUCCCUGUGGACGGAUCCCACGCAAGAUGACGAGCGCAUCAUUCAAGAAAUCCAGAAGGAAGGGGAGAAAGAGCUCAAUAAGAAGAAUGCAGAGUCUUCAGGAAAGCGAGUGGGCCCACCCCCAGAGCCUGUGGUGGUUGCUAAGCGACCUCGCGCAGCCCCUCCAGCUCCCCAAGCAGUGCGAGCUCCCCUAUUGGUCCCUCCUCGUGUCAUCCUCCCCCAUGGCCCGCCUAUUCCCCCCGCCCACUAUGUGCCUGUCCUGGCCCCCAUGCCGCUCCUCAACUUCCCACCUCCGCUCAACAACAACAAUGUCAACCACAACCUGGACAUCAACAUGCCUAUGCACUAUGGACCCCCUCAGCGCUACUACAGACACCUAUAACAGACAUCCACCACAGACACACAUUACUGACACCUAUAACAGACACAUACAGACACCUGUAACAGACAUCCACCACAGACACGUAUUACUGACACCUAUAACAGACAUAUACAGACUACUAUAACAGACUCUUACUGCAGAUAUCUAUAACAGACAUCCACCACAGACAUGUACUACAGACACCUAUAAUGGACUCUUACUACAGACACCUAUAACAACACAUACUACUGACACCUAUAACAGACGUCUACUACUGACACCUAUAACAGACAUCUACUACUGACACCUACUACAGACAUCAAUAAAAGUCACCUACCACAGACACAUAUAACAGACAUCUAUUUCAGAUGCGUACAAUAGACAUCUAAUACAGACAUCUACUACAGACCCCCCAGUGACCCCUGGGCCAUUAUCAGGUGACAGGAAAUGUUGACCCAAGGUUGUUAAUCAGGUGACAGGAAGUAAAUAGUGACCCAAGGCUGUAAUCAGGUGACAAGAUGUAAAUAGUGACCCCAGGCUGUUAUCAGGUGAAAGGAAGUAAAUAGUGACCCCAGGCUGUUAUCAGGUGACAGGAAGUAAAUAGUGACCCCUGGCUGUUAUCAGGUGACAGGCUAUCACCAGGUGAUGGCCAAGUUACUCCAGACAGGGAGUUGCGAGAACCUGUUGUUUUCUAUUUCUUAAUUUGUUUUUGGGUCUGACCUGUAACCUGUGACCUCUGACCUUAUUUGUUCCAGAGAUAUUUUUGAUUAAUGCACAAAUCUGUUCUGAGUGAUGUUUCUGCUCAAUAAACAUUGUUUUCACAUUC